AUGCCCGCCCCCCCCCGCCCCCUCCUCCUCCUCUCCGUCUCCACCCUCCUCCACCUCCUGGCAGACCGGGGCGCCAGCCGAUGCGUCGCCGCGGGCAGAGUGCGGGGGCAAGAGAGUCGUGAUCAGCUACAGCGUAGGGAUCAGGCCGUGAGGGAAGAGCAGCAGUGGCAGGCAGAGCUGACGCUGCGAGGAAGCAAGCAGUGGCAGCCAGAGCUGGCGCUGCGACAGGGACGAAGGCGCGGGUGGGCCACGAUCAGCUACAACGCUGGGGGCAAUCCGUGCGAGAAAGGGAGCGCGCAGUGGCAGCGGACGCUGGCGCUGUGCAAAAUGCGCGGGUGGGCCACGAUCAGCUGCAACGCUGGGGGUCGUCCGUGCGAGAAGGAGGGCCUGCGAGAAGAGGGAGGCGAAGCUGGAGCCCGAGUGUCUCUUCUAGCUAACGCGUCUGGGAACAGCGCGGGUGAGAAAGCGAGCAAUGUUCUGCAGCGGCCAUCCUGCGAGAAGUGGGAGGCGAAGGCAGAGCCCGAUGUCGACAGCUACAGCGUUGGGAUCGGGGCAAGCCGCUGCGAGAAGAGGGAAGCGAAGCUGGGGCCCGAGUGUCUCUACUAG